GAAAAUGCUUCAGUCUUUGGGUAGACCUGAAGUCUUUAUGGCCUUGGAUGUGGUUAUCGUGAGCAAUUCUGGCCAGGAGUAUGAUGGUUGCUUGCUGCUCACCUCCGAGGUAUUGUUUGUGGUCAGUAUCAGUGAAGACACACAGCAGCAGGCUUUCCCAGUCACUGAGAUUGAGUGCAGCCUGGAUCCAAAGAAAGAGAACUUGCUGCAGGUUGUGCUCAAGCAACAGAGGGUAUCAUAUGACGCAGAGGGAGAUGGCAUUCGAGAGAGACUUUCUGAACAACAGUACGAUCGACUGGUGGACUAUGUUACAAAAACAUCACACUACAUUGUUCCCAGCAGCGCAGCAAUGCAGCUGGCUUCUCAAGUAGUUGUUGCCGAUCCUCCUGCCUCCAGAAGCAAGACUUACCAGUACUUGGUUGAUAGCCACUAUGGACUUGUGUUUGUCAGCAAGUUUUCUAUGGUGAAAAACAAGGCACUACGAAAGGGAUUUCAUUAGUCAGAAAUGUGCAACUAUGACAAAGUUUUUUUUUAAGGGACAAAAGUGCCAGCAUUUUUUUUAAUAAACAGCUUGAUAGUCAGCUCUUGAAGUGUAGCACAAUUUUAUCGUAAGAAACUUCAAUGAAAACAAGUGUAAGCUAGGUCAGCUUGUUUACAUAAUUUAAUUAAUUUGCCUUUCUCUGACUGACUGUAUCAACUGUGUAAAUACUAUGUUGACUGAAAGGGAUGUGGCCACUAAUGCUUCGAGGCAACUUUAUUAAGUGCUGUCAAUAAUGAGAUUUUGCUAUUCGUUAAUCUUUACUUCAACAAAAGAUUUGUUAAUAUAACUGAAAAUAUCAAAAGCAAAUAAAUUUUCAAGGAGAGAAUGA